CGUGCCGGGCCGGGCCGCAUUCACCGCUCCGCUCCCCGCCGUUCGCAGCGGCCCCCGCCCGGCUCCGCGCGUCACUGUUACCGCACAGCACUCGGAUGACGUGGCCGUCGCUCUGAAUUUCUGGCCUGUGACCAUGUGUAGAAGCCUGUUUAUCUUCUACCUUGAACUCCUUUCGUGGAGCAUCUCGACAGCUGAAGAUGUUGUCUGCCAGGAAGCUGUCUGCAGUUUGCAGAGACAUCAGCUUCCGUCAUUUCAGAUCCCACUCUGUAUCCAGAACCUCCCCAAACUUGGCUUUCGUGCCAGCCUCUCUUCCCCCAGAUCCUAUGGAAGUGGAGGAGCUGCAGCACUUUGUUUCUAACUCCAAGAGGCUGUUUGUAAUGACAGGAGCUGGAAUCUCGACUGAGUCGGGGAUCCCAGAUUACCGCUCCGAGGGCGUGGGGCUGUACGCCAGGACAGACAGACGGCCCGUCCAGCACGCCGAGUUCAUCCGCAGUGCCAGUGCCCGGCAGCGGUACUGGGCAAGAAACUUUGUGGGCUGGCCUCAGUUCUCCUCCCACCAGCCAAACACAGCACACCUGGUACUAAGAGACUGGGAGAAGCUGGGGAAGCUGCACUGGCUGGUGACCCAGAACGUGGAUGCCCUUCACGCCAAAGCCGGGAGCCAGCGCAUGACAGAGCUGCACGGGUGCACGCACAGGGUUUUCUGCCUGGCUUGUGGAGACCAAAUGUCGCGCUCUGAGCUUCAGGAGCACUUUGAGGCUCUGAAUCCCACGUGGAAAGCCGAAGCGUUCGGCGUGGCUCCGGACGGGGACGUGUUCCUGUCAGACGAGCAGGUGCGUCACUUCCGAGUGCCGGCCUGCCCUCGCUGCGGCGGGGUCCUGAAGCCCGACGUCACCUUCUUUGGAGACACCGUGAGCCGGGACAAAGUGGACUUUGUGCACCAACGCCUGGCAGAGUCAGACUCCAUGCUGGUGGCAGGAUCCUCUAUGCAGGUAUACUCUGGUUACAGGUUUGCUCUGGCUGCCCGGGAGAAGCAGCUGCCCAUUGCAGUGCUUAACAUUGGCCCCACGAGGUUAGAUCACUUUGCAUCCUUAAAGCUGAAUUCCCGCUGUGGAGAGCUGCUGCCUUUGAUUGUUGUACAUGGCCCAACAAGCUGAGCUUCAGUACUUAUCAAGAGUACAGUUAUUUAUACCAGGACUUGUCAUCUCAAGAGGGGAAAACCUCAGUCUGAGGCAACUGAGAGAUCCAAUGCACGGCCCCCUGUGACACCAGGAGAGGGCAGCAAGCCUCCCACAUGUCAGCCUGGCCGGUUUUCUCCGCUCAGACCAUCUCCACAUACCAGGAAACAGGAUGAUGAUGAACAAAAUUGCUUUUCUGCCACACCCUGCCAUUGUAAACAGUGCCUUUUCAUUCCCUGGGAUGGGAUAAUCAGAUUAUCUGAGAACCAAAUACCUUUCUUAGAAUUGUCCUCUAGAGGAAUGAGGGACGGGAGCUCUGAUCAAGUAACUUGAGGCUAUAGCGCAGGAGGAUGCUGUGGAAAACCAGUGUCUGCUGGAGGACCCAGCCCCACUGAUGGGCAGCUGUGGAGUUGUGCAAAGGGGAAAAGGGGGCAAGAGGAACUGCAGCUGUCAUUAAAAAAUGGUUAAAAAUAGAAGCUGAAGAAUACUGCUCUGGCAAGAGAUUAUUUGAAAGCACAGACUAUAAGGCUGAUGCCUUCCAUUAAGGAGGAGAAGUCAGCAUUUCUCUCAACUGUCAGUUUACAAGCUAAACUGCUUACUACCUGAACCCUCUAAAAAUUCUAUCUUGUUGAGAUGCCAGAGGAGUUACUUUCAGUUAAUCUGACCAGCACUGCUUUCAGUGUAGCUGCUACAUUUUUCAGAAUGCAUUUUUGGGGAAGAUGGUAUUUAAUUUAUGAAUAGCUAAGUAGUGAAUUAAAAUUGUUUACUAGAUUGA